UUGCAGGUAGAACGUCAUGACAUGAAUACCUUAAGCCUGCCCCCGAACAUUCGCCGAGGGGGGUCAGACACCAACCUCAACUUUGAUGUACCAGAUGGCAUCCUGGACUUCCACAAGGUCAAACUCAGUGCAGACAGCCUGAAACAAAAAAUCCUGAAGGUGACAGAGCAGAUAAAAAUUGAGCAGACGUCCCGCGAUGGGAAUGUUGCGGAGUAUCUGAAACUGGUCAGCAGUGCAGAUAAGCAGCAGGCCGGCCGCAUCAAACAGGUCUUCGAGAAGAAGAAUCAGAAGUCCGCUCACUCCAUCGCCCAGCUCCAGAAGAAGUUAGAGCAGUAUCACAGAAAGCUCAGGGAGCUCGAGCAGAACGGAGCCUCCAGAAGCUCCAAGGACAUUUCCAAAGACAACCUCCACUCUCUGAGAGAUGCCUCCGCGAAAUCUCGAACUGCUCCCCCCGGCCCGGAGUGCGGGAAGUCAGGCAUGCCAGGCGUGUCCCUCACUCCGCCCGUGUUCGUCUUCAACAAGUCCAGAGAGUUCGCCAACCUGAUCCGGAAUAAGUUCGGCAGCGCCGACAACAUCGCGCACUUGAAGAACUCCUUAGAGGAGUUUCGGCCCGAGGGGAGUCCCCGGGCCUAUGGGGGCAGCGCCACCAUCGUGAACAAACCCAAGUACGGCAGCGACGACGAGUGUUCAAGCGGCACGUCGGGCUCCGCGGACAGUAACGGGAACCAGUCCUUCGGGGCCAGUGGAGCUGGCACGCUGGACAGCCAGGGCAAGCUGACCAUGGUCCUGGAGGAGCUGAGGGAGAUCAAGGACACGCAGGCUCAGCUGGCUGAGGACAUCGAAGCGCUCAAAGUGCAGUUCAAGAGAGAAUACGGUUUUAUUUCUCAGACGCUGCAAGAGGAAAGAUACAGGUAUGAGCACCUGGAAGACCAGCUCCAUGACCUGACAGACCUGCAUCAGCACGAGACCGCCAACCUGAAGCAGGGCCUUGCCAGCAUCGAGGAGAAGGUGGCUUACCAGGCCUACGAGCGCUCACGGGACAUCCAGGAAGCCCUGGAGUCCUGCCAGACACGCGUCUCUAAGCUGGAGCUGCACCAGCAAGAGCAGCAGGCUCUGCAGACAGACGCCGUGAACGCCAAGGUCCUCCUGGGGAAGUGCAUCAACGUGAUCCUGGCCUUCAUGACAGUCGUCCUCGUGUGCGUGUCUACCAUCGCCAAGUUUGUCUCGCCCAUGAUGAGGAGCCGCCUCCACAUCCUUGGCACCUUCUUCGCUGUGACGCUUCUUGCAAUAUUUUGUAAAAACUGGGACCAUAUCGUGUGUGCCAUAGAAAGGAUCAUAAUACCCAGAUGA